AUGGCGAACCAAACUAGUGCUUCAGAGUUUAUCUUCUCGGGACUUUCCAAGGACCCUCAACUGCAGAUUUUCUUCUUUUUGGUGUUCUUCACAAUUUACCUAAUCACAUUAUCAGGCAAUCUAACCAUCAUUCUGGUUAUUAGAAUGGAUCCAUCACUUUAUACACCCAUGUACUUUUUUCUGUCUCACCUGUCUUUUGUUGACAUCUGUUAUUCUACUGACAUUGUCCCUAAAAUGUUGGUGGAUCUUCUGACAAAGCAGAAGACAAUAUCCUUUGUUGGCUGCCUUACACAAAUGUUUUUCAGCCUUCUGUUGAGUGUCACAGAAGUUUUCAUUCUUUCAGCAAUGGCUUAUGACAGAUACACUGCUGUGUGCCACCCGCUGCACUAUGCUGUGAUCAUGAACGAAGCCAUAUGUACUUACUUGGUGAUAGGCGCAUGGAUAAUGGGCACUGCUUUUGCAAUUAUAAAUAUAGUGCCAACAUUAAAUAUACAGUUCUGUGGCUUCCGUGAAAUUAGACACUUUAGCUGUGAACUCCCACCACUACUAAAAUUAUCUUGUUCUGACACCUUUCUGAAUAAUGUGAUUCUUUUUUCUUCUGUUGCAAUUUUUGGGCUUGGAUCCUUCCUACCAACUCUGGUAUCCUAUAUUCACAUAAUCUCCAACAUCCUGAAGAUCCGCUCUGCAGAGGGCAGGAGCAAAGCCUUCUCUACCUGCAGCUCCCACCUUAUUGUGGUUGGCUUCCUAUAUAUGACAGGGAUGACACAGUACAUGAAACCCAGCAAAAUCUCUUCCAUGACAUUGGAUGAGGUCUUCUCCAUCCAGUACGUGUUUUGA